CUUUCACUCAAUCUCUCUUCUCGACUUUCCCAAUCCGAUCCAUCUUUUCUCUACAUCUCAAUCUUACAUAUCUCUUAUCUCCCCGUCUUUCAUAAUGUCUCUUCCUCAGGUUCACCCCGAAGUUACAUGGGCCCAGCGCUCCUCGGCCACUGAGGCUGAGCGCAACUACCUUUACGUGAGCAUCAAGGCUUCCGAUGUUGCUCGCGACGCCGCUAGCCUUAGCAUCACCCCCACCAAUGUCUCUUUCUCCGGCGAGUCUAAGAAGGGCGUAAAAUACCAAGUUUCUCUCGACCUUUACGCCGAGAUCGACCCUGAGAACUCGAAGACAAACCACAGUGACCGUGAGGUCGAGCUGGUGUUGCGCAAGAAGGAGCUCAAGGAGGAAUACUGGCCCCGUCUGCUGAAGACGACUCAGAAGGUUCACUUCCUCAAGACCGACUUUGACAAGUGGGUCGACGAGGACGAGCAGGAUGAGGCCCCCGAGGAUGACUACGCCAGCGGCUUCAAUGGCAUGGAAGGAGGCAUGGACGGUGGCCUUGGCAACAUUGAUUUCUCCAAGCUUGGUGGCCUUUCCGGUCUCGGCGGCGCCGAGGCUGAUGCAGGCGAGGGCGAAGAUGAGGAUGAGGAGAUGCCGGAACUCGAGGAGGCCGGCGAUAACACGGAUUCCAAGAUCCAGGAGGUUGCUUAA